AUGGCCAUGAACAUGUUUCGACGCGUUCCCUUCUCGCUUCCAAUUAUUUCUCAGGCAGCCCGUUUAAGCUCACCUGUACGUCUGUCUAUCCGACCCACGGCAUGCUCGUUCCGUUCCUUUUCUAUGGCAGCGAAUGUUCCGCGGGUCUCAGCCUCUGCUCGUUCAGGCUUUAUUGCAUCGACGGGAAUUCUCGCAGGUGGCUCCCUGCUUUUGACUAGCGCUUGGUUCGGGUAUUCGAGUAAGCCUGCCGAGUGCGAGCCGACCGAUCUUCCUGCACCAGCCAUCAACGCAAGCAGUGGCAACACUAGUAAUCCAAAAAGUAUCGUCAACUUGUAUCAGCUGUCGUUCGGAACAGUUUGCGGUUUGUGUGCCGGAAUUUUUAUCAAGAAAGGUCUCAAGGUGAUUGCUUUUCUGCUUGGUGGCGUCUAUAUUCUGAUGCAGUACCUUGCCUCAAAGCGUAUGAUUCGUGUUGACUGGUCAAGCCUGAAGAACACGUACACGUCAUCUGUGAACCGCCUCGCCGGCCCUGCUGAUACGUCGAAGAGUAACUUUGAACAGAUGCCACUUGUCCGCAUCUGGAAGCGUACUGUUGAUUUCUUGACCGCCGACUUCCAAGAGCGGGCGACGUUCAUUGCUGGCCUUGUCUUGGGCUUGCGUCUUGGCUAA